CUAAUUUCAAAUUUCGAAAUCGAUCGUUCUUCACUGUGUACGUUAAGUCUUUCUCUGAUUCUAAUUCAUUCCAUUGUUUUCAUUUCCAAUCGAAUUUCAAGGUUUAAAGAGUGUGAGUUUCAGAAGAAGAAGAAGAAGAUUGUGAUUCUGAAUCUGAAUUCGCUGUUGUGGAUGAAUGAAGCGUAGCUUGAGGUUUCUGCUACGGCUCUUGAUCCAAUCCUUCUCUGCAAUCAUGGGCUGUUUCUUCGCUUGCUUCAGGAUCAGAGAAGUUCUUCCCACAAUCUCCGCUCGUUCCAAUUCCACCGAUGUUCUGAUUUCGCGAAAUCGAUUGACAUCUUUGUCGUCGAAAGAGAGGGGAGAUUCGGCGCGGAAUGGUGUGGGGUCUCAGCGAGAUGACAUAGGUCUCAAGGAUGAGGCCAAGUUUCUUAAAGCUUGUGGCGCCUUACCAGGAACACCUGUUGAAAUUCGUAAAGCAUCUGAGAAACUAAAAGUGUCCCCCUCUUGUGAUAAAGAUUCUGACUCUCCGAAGUUUCAUUCUUGGCUUCCUACCACAUCUGUGGAGAAACUUCAGCUGGAUGUCCAACCAUUUGAGCCUCAAACUCCCAUUAAACUUUGCCAAGAAUGGGGAAAUAGCGAGGAUACUUUCGAGCACACACCAAGAACUAACAGUUGCAUUACCAAUGCACAUGACACUCUUGAUUAUAUGCAAGGAAGUUGGGAAGGCAGCCUUCUUACUGAAAAGAAGGCAGCUUCAGUUACUCCCUGGCCAGGCACAGAAACUGAGAGGAAGAAUAAAUCUGUGCGUUUUGAAUGCGUAUCUUCAGAUGAUGGUGAUGUGAAGAAAAUCAAGUCACCAAAUAACCAAAGUGCAUGUAAACCAUCACCUUAUCCUACCCCAUUGAAGUUAUUUGACGAGAUGCAAACACCUGGAACCGUGUACCCAGCAUCACUAGAAAAGUCUCGUGAUUGUAAGCAUCGAGUUCGGUCCCAGUUUGUCUAUUCAAAUGACAACCCAAGUGAGAAUGUCUUCCUGUCCAAGAUACUUGAAGAGAAAGAUCUUAACACUGAACAAGAUUCAAGUGAGCUGAGUGAUUAUGUAAAGCAAGCUCAAAGUGCAACCCCUACCCCAGAAAAAGGGUUGAAGAAAUUUGCAAAUGAAAAUGAAUCUGUGAUGGAAGCUAGCUUAUCUUCUUGGUUAAGGCCUGCAUCAGUCAUUAUGGAAGAUAAACUGGUUGGAGUGGUUGCUGCUCAUGGUAAUGAAGAUGAGGAUUCUCAUAUUUCUCAUCCAAAGUGGUGGGAUGGCAAUGGCAUACCAAAUUCAACCACCAAGUACAAGGAGGACCAGAAAGUAAUGUGGCAUGCAACACCCUUUGAAGAGAGGUUGAAUAAGGCAUUGGUGGAGGGAAAUGUUAUCUCUCAAAGGAAACUUGUUUGUGGAAAGCCAGUGGCAUUUGAGGAGAUUGAUGAAAGUGAUACUGCAUUAUAACAGCAACAACAAUCUUUGACUCAUACACAAUCUGUGGGAUCGUUUUGAUAUGUCUGCUGGUUCAUCCCAUUGUGCUUUGUCUUGAUAUGGAAGCUGAUUAUACAAAUUGUGUUGACAUAGAACUUUCGUUUACUGGAAAAUUGAGGGAAAUGAAUGGUUUGAAUAGGAACGGUAGGAAGAUUUUGGGGGCAGACAACUCAGCACAAUUCUAUUCAACCAGGUUAUCUUUCAUGAGCUCAUCUCUGCUCAUCAUACAGUGAACAAUCUGAGAUUUGAUAGUGUAAAAACAAAUGAAUUUUGGCAAUUUUUCUUUUUUGCCUAUUUUAACCAAAUUAACCCGGUAAGAAAAAUUGGCGAGUUA